AAUUUCUGAUUCCAUUAGGCUAAGUAAAAAUAAGAAAGAAAAAUAAAAGAAGAAGAAGAAGAAGGAAGCACCCGAUUUCGUUGAAAACAGUCGGGUCGUUAUCUUUACCCUUUUUCUUCUCAAAUUUCCUACCUACACAGUACGCCCACGCCAUACCCUUCGAUAGCUCAUCACCACCACCACCAACGCCACCGCUACUACCGGCCGCGACGACUCCCUUGCAGCGACCUAAUUACGUAGUCCUAGAGCUCACUUUCGGAGCCAGGAACUGCCCCCCCUCUAGGCUCGGCAAUCCGUACAAUACUCAAGGAUUGAAGCUUGUUGAACAAUGAUAUAUACAGCGAUUGACAAUUUCUACUUGACCGAUGAGCAGCUAGAGAACUCACCUUCUAGGAAAGAUGGUAUAGAUGAAGCGACAGAAACUGCCCUACGAAUCUAUGGCUGUGAUCUCAUCCAAGAAAGUGGCAUCUUGCUUAAGUUGCCUCAAGCUAUAAUGGCCACUGGCCAGGUUGUAUUCCAUCGUUUCUACUGCAAGAAGUCAUUUGCACGCUUCAAUGUGAAGAAAGUUGCUGCAGGCUGUGUGUGGCUUGCAUCAAAGCUGGAGGAAAGCCCUAGGAAAGCAAGACAAGUCCUCAUUGUUUUCCAUAGAAUGGAAUGUAGGAGGGAGAACUUGCCCAUAGAGCAUUUGGAAAUUGGAUCGCUGAAAUAUCAUGCGCUCAAGACAGACUUGAGUCGAACAGAAAGACAUAUAUUGAAAGAGAUGGGAUUCAUUUGUCAUGUUGAACAUCCUCAUAAAUUCAUAUCUAACUACCUUGCCACCCUUGAAACACCUCCAGAACUGACGCAAGAAGCUUGGAAUCUCGCAAAUGAUAGUUUGCGUACGACGUUGUGUGUUCGAUUCAAGAGUGAGGUUGUGGCUUGUGGGGUUGUCUAUGUAGCUGCACGUCGGUUCCAGGUACCCCUUCCUGAGAAUCCUCCAUGGUGGAAGGCAUUCGAUGCAGACAAGUCUGGGAUUGAUGAAGUUUGUAGAGUUCUGGCUCACCUGUACAGCCUUUCUAAGGCACUGUACAUUCCAGUCUGUAAGGAUGGAGAUUCUUUUACAUUUUCUAACAAGUCAAGGGAUUCGCAAUCUCAGCCUGUUCCCAAGGAGGUUCAGCAGACUAGCCCUACAGCUAAUGCCAAGCCAACUUUAGCAGCAGCUAAUCCAGGAUCUGGUGGAUCCAAAGAUGUAUUGAUAAGAGUAGCCAUUGACAAGUUGAAGGAGACUAAGAAAAGUGAUGAUGAACCAACGAACGCGCCUGUUGAAGGAGAUGCAAGAGAAGAGCCCAUGCUAAAAUCCUAUCCCGAGCACAGGACAGAGGCAAGUAGGGAACGAAACAGGGAGAGAGAGAAAGAGAGGGAAAGGGACAGGGACAGGGAGGACAGAAUAAAGGCUCGUGAUCGUGAUAGGGGCAGAGAUUCUGACCGGGAAUGGGACCGAGAGGAAAGUGAGAGGGACAGAGAUAAAGUCAAGGAUCACAGUCAUCUUUCUAGGGAUAGAGGAAAGGAUUCAGGAGGACGCUCGAGACAUCACUCAUCACGAGAUCGUGACUACUACAGUUCCUCGUAUUCUUCAAGGGACAAGGAUCGUCAUAGACAUCGUUCAUAUUCUUAAACCUGUCUCUGAGAUGUACGACCGGAUUUGCUAAUCAACCUCUGUACAAGAUCAACUGUUGAUUUUGUACACAGCUAUCGAUAGUGCUGCUACUACAAUUAGUUUUACAUUUCGUCUCAUUCCCAUCAAAAUGCUUGGAAUUUAUUGUACUGGGGUAUUAAUCAGUACAUUUUUGCCCCUUUUUUUGUUUUUUUGUCUUUUUUUUUUUCCGUUUUGCUCUAAAUUCUGACCUGUUUCGAACUGUUCUGACCAACCUGAUCGACUAGAAUUUGCAUUCUGGUAUGGAAUUUGAUUUAUGGCAUUUGUGUGCUUUUUUUGUUUAAACUCAAAUGGUAUGUAUAUAUGUAACCUUUUAAGUUCUUGGCCGUAGCAUUGUGUUAAUUUUGAGUAUGAAUGAUAUUUUUGUAAUUUUGAA